UUAAAUAUAUAACAUGUUUUCUUCAAAAUGGCUUCCCAAAUAUUCUAGCAAAGUUCGUUGAUUUCUCUUCGCGAAACACUAUGUAUAUAUAAAUUUCGAUAUAUAUAUAUAUUUACAUAAAAAGAGAAAAUAGAAAAAAUGCCUAAAAAGAAGCAAGGAAGAGGUAAAACAAGAAAAGAAAAGAGGGAAGUUAAUGAAGACAAGGAAAAGCAGUACUUCGAAGAAAUUAUUGAUAUAGAUGAAAAUACAACAAAAGAUUUUGAAUUUCUAUCAAAUGCUCCAAUUUCUAAAAAUGAUGACUUUGUUUUUGAAUCAGAAAAAAAUUGGGAUGUUGAUGUUUUCAAAUACUCUGACUUUUUUACAAUUGAUCUAAAAACAUUAUCUGCAGCAAUAGAAGCAAUUUCAUUUAAUGAAAAUGUUAAUAUUGAUGCAAAGUAUUUUACUGAUGACCAAUUAACAGAUAUCUACAAUACUGUGGAACGAGGUAAAGAAAAUUAUAAUAAAAUAUUAAGUGACUCAGAAAAGAUGAUUGUAAAUAAUACAAAACAUGAAGACGAAAAUCAGGAUUUAUUAGAAAAUACAGCUGAUGAUUUAGACUUUUUAUUGUCAUGUCAUAAACCUGUGACUGAUCCUUUGAUAGUUGUGAAAUCUGUAUCUCUUUCUUCCAGCUCUGAUUCAAAAAUAACAAAUAAAUCUAAUACGUCAACCAAAUCUUUGGACUUAGAAAAGUGGCUAGAUUCUAUUUUAGAUGAUUAACUGUGAAUAAUUUAUUAUAUUGUUAUCUCUGCAAAAAUUUCAGAAAAUCAAGAUAAAUAUUUCUGAAUAUUUGCAUAUAAACCAAAACAAAAAAUUUAUUUUUUUCUGAAUAAACAUUAUUAAAUAAGCAUUAAAUAGCAUAACAAAUAGAUUAAUAAAAAUUAGAGUAUA